CUCCGCCCGCCCGGCCGUCCCAGCCGAACUAUCCUCUGCGGCGCCAGCGCGGGGCGGCUCCGGGCGCCCCCAACAGACCCCCAUCAUGGGCAGCCAGAGCUCCAAGGCUCCCCGGGGCGACGUGACCGCCGAGGAGGCAGCGGGCGCUUCCCCCGCGAAGGCCAACGGACAGGAGAAUGGCCAUGUGAAAAGCAAUGGAGACUUAACCCCCAAGGGUGAAGGGGAGUCACCACCCGUGAACGGAACAGAUGAGGCAGCUGGGGCUACUGGCGACGCCAUCGAGCCAGCGCCCCCUAGCCAGGAAGCUGAGGCCAAGGGGGAGGUCGCCCCCAAGGAGAAGGCUAGUGCAGCCUCCAAGGGAGGAGACACGGAAGAGGAGGCAGGGCCCCAGGCUGCAGAGCCAUCCACUCCCUCGGGGCCCGAGAGUGGCCCUGCAUCAGCCAGCGCUGAGCAGAAUGAGUAGCUGGGUGGGGGCAGGUGGGUGAUCUCCUAAGCUGCAAAAACUGUGCUGUCCUUGUGAGGUCACUGCCUGGACCCGGUGCCCUGGCUGCCAUCCUGUGCCCAGAAAGGAAGGGGCUUGUUGUCCCCUUCCAGCCACGUUCCCUCCCUCCUGUGGAUUCUCCCAUCAGCCAUCUGGUCUUACUCUUAAGGCCAGUUGAAGAUGGCCCCUUACGGUUUCCCCAGUUAGGUUAGUGAUGUGAAAUGCUCCUGUCCCUGCCUCCUUCCUACCCAGGCCCCAUCCCUGCAGAAGGCAAUUGCUGGCUUUUCUCCCCAAUUCUUUUCCAAGACGUUUUGUUUAUUCUACUUCCGAAGCCCCUGAGCCAGAAGUGGGGGCUUAUACACUCCCAAACCCUGAGUGUCCAGCCUUUUCCCUGUUGAGUUUUUAGUCUCUUGUGCUGUGCCUAGUGGCACCUGGGCUGGGGGAGGACAUUGCCCCUGUCUGGGUUUUAUAACUGUCUUACUCAAGUUCAAACCUCCAGCUUGUGAAUCCACCACCUGACUUGAUAGGCAAGUAUUAGGCUUUGGGGCGGGAGGAGGUCUGUGAUGUGAAACAACUUUUUGUUGUCUUUUCCCCUACCAUUGUUGUAAAUAACUUUUAAUGGCCAAACCCCAGAUUUGUACUUUUUUUUUUUCUAACUGCUAAAACCAUUCUCUUCCACCUGGAUUUACUGUAACAUUUGGAAAAAGAAUA